AUGGGUUCAACCGAUUACAAGUUUGAGGGCUGGAUGGGCCUGGACAAGGAGUCUGCCAAGGGCAAGAUGGUCUGGCAGCAGUUUGAGCCCAAGCCGUGGGAGGAGACGGAUAUCGAUAUGCGUGUUACCCACUGCGGUAUCUGUGGAUCGGACAUGCACACUCUGCGUAGCGGAUGGGGACCUACCCAAUACCCCUGCUGCGUCGGACACGAAAUUGUCGGUGUCGCCGUUCGCGUCGGCUCCAAGGCCGAGGGCAACAUCAAGGUCGGUGACCGCAUCGGCGUGGGUGCUCAGAGCGCUUCCUGCCUGAACAAGGAUGGUGACUGUGAGGCCUGUGCCUCCGGCCUGGAGCAGCACUGCAACCGCAUGGUGGGCACAUACAACGGUACCUUCGCCAACGGCGGCAAGUCCUUCGGUGGAUACUCGCUAUACAACCGAAGCCCUUCCCACUUUGUCGUUAAGAUCCCCGACGCCAUUUCCUCGGCCGAUGCUGCCCCCAUGCUCUGCGGAGGUAUCACCACAUACUCCCCCCUGCGACAGAACGGCUGUGGACCCGGCAAGAAGGUUGGAAUUAUUGGUGUGGGUGGUCUGGGCCACUUUGGCAUUCUGUUCGCCAAGGCUCUGGGAGCCGAUCGCGUAGUCGCCAUCUCUCGCAAGGGCAACAAGAAGGAUGAUGCGUUGAAGCUUGGUGCGGACGCUUAUAUCGCCACGGAUGAGGAUGAGGACUGGGUCAAGAACAAUGCCCAGUCCUUGGACCUUAUCAUCUCCACGGCAUCUUCCUCCAAGAUGCCCAUGCUGGGUUACAGCCAGCUGCUGCGGACUCGUGGAACAUUCAUCCAGCUCGGUGCCCCCGAGGAUGGAGGCCUUGAGAUUCCUGCUUUUGCUUUGAUUAUGAAGGGUAUGAAGCUCGGUGGUUCAAUGAUUGGUAGCCCCGAUGAAAUCCGGGAGAUGUUGGAGCUUGCUGCCGCUAAGAACAUUAAGCCUUGGGUCGAGGAGCGGCCGAUGAAGGACGCCAACAAGGCCAUUCAGGACAUGGAUGCUGGAAACGCCCGGUACCGCUAUGUUCUGGUGAAUGAGCAAUAG